UACAGAGCCUUGUUCAAGUCUGGAGCCUCAGAGCGUCACCUGGUGCGUGGUAACUUGCCCUUGAUUUAGGCUCGUCCUUUGAAGGACUGAGAACCACAAGAAAUGACCAGCCCCUCGGGACGCGUCUCUGGCCGAGGACUGCCCUCGCGGGCGGGCAGCUCCUGCUGACGCUGUCCAGGCAUCGCCCGGGGGGAAAGGUUGCAGCGCGGUCGGAGGGCGCGGGAGGAGUCUGGCGGUGAUUGAUGGGGAAGGGACGAAUGAAUAAAAGUGCUUGUCUGGGGACAGCAGAGACCCCGAGCAAGCUGGGGAAGCUACAGCGUCUGGCAUUCUCAGAGGGUUUCGUCAGAGCCAGACCUGCCUGCAGCUGAAGGGAGGCGUGCUCUGCUCCCAGAGCAGGCUGCCACCAAGCUGUGCGCCGAGCGCGCCUCUGUCCCCGCUCCGCGUCCCGGGAAGAAGGGCCCCGCUCGCCGCUCUGCACCUGGUGCGUCGGAUCCAAGAGGCUCUGAAAACUGCAGAGUAGCCACCGGACGCCCACCGGAGCUGGCAGCAGCAUGCAGCCGCCGCUAAGCCUGUUCGGACGCGCCCUGGUGGCGCUGGUUCUUGCCUGCGGCGUGGCCGGGGUCUGGGGAGAGGAGAGAGGAUUCCCGCCCGCAGGAGCCACUCCGCGGCUUCUGGAAUCCGCAGAGAUAAUGAUGCCACCCACUAAGACCUCCUGGCCCGGGAGUUCCAACAACAGCCGGCCGCGCUCAUUGGCACCUGCGGAGGUUCCUAAAGGAGGGAAGAACGCGGGAGUUCCGCCGCGCACCCUCUCCCCUCCCCCAUGCCAAAACCCCAUCGAGAUCAAGGAGACUUUCAAAUACAUCAACACGGUCGUGUCCUGCCUCGUGUUCGUGCUGGGCAUCAUCGGGAACUCCACACUGCUGAGAAUCAUCUACAAGAACAAGUGCAUGCGAAACGGCCCCAAUAUCUUGAUCGCCAGCCUGGCUCUGGGAGACCUGCUGCACAUUGUCAUUGACAUCCCCAUCAAUGUCUACAAGCUGCUAGCGGAGGACUGGCCGUUUGGAGCUGAGAUGUGUAAGCUGGUGCCUUUCAUACAGAAGGCCUCCGUGGGCAUCACUGUGCUGAGUCUCUGUGCUCUAAGUAUUGACAGAUAUCGAGCCGUUGCUUCUUGGAGUCGAAUUAAAGGAAUUGGGGUUCCAAAAUGGACAGCAGUAGAAAUUGUUUUAAUUUGGGUGGUCUCUGUGGUUCUGGCUGUCCCUGAAGCCAUAGGUUUUGAUCUGAUUACGACUGAAUACAAAGGAAGUUAUCUGCGAAUCUGUUUGCUUCAUCCCACCCAGAAGACAGCCUUCAUGCAGUUUUACAAGACAGCUAAAGAUUGGUGGCUAUUUAGUUUCUAUUUCUGCUUGCCAUUGGCCAUCACUGCAUUGUUUUAUACCCUGAUGACUUGUGAAAUGUUGAGAAAGAAAAGUGGCAUGCAGAUUGCUUUAAAUGAUCACUUAAAGCAGAGACGGGAAGUGGCCAAAACCGUAUUUUGCCUCGUCCUUGUCUUCGCCCUCUGUUGGCUUCCCCUUCACCUCAGCAGGAUUUUGAAGCUCACACUUUAUGAUCAGCACGAUCCCAAUAGAUGUGAACUUUUGAGCUUUUUGUUGGUAUUGGACUACAUUGGCAUCAACAUGGCCUCCCUGAAUUCCUGCAUCAAUCCGAUCGCUCUGUACUUGGUGAGCAAAAGAUUCAAAAACUGUUUUAAGUCAUGCUUAUGCUGCUGGUGCCAGUCAUUUGAAGAAAAACAGUCCUUGGAAGAAAAGCAGUCGUGCUUGAAGUUCAAAGCUAAUGAUCACGGAUAUGACAACUUCCGUUCCAGUAAUAAAUACAGCUCAUCCUGAAAAAAGGAAUAUUCACUCAACUUCAUUUUCUUUAUUUUGGACAGAAGUCAUUAAAACAAAAUGAAAUAUUUGCUAAAACAAAUGAGAAACUAUAACUUUGCACAAAACAAUGUAAAAAUGUAAAAGUAAUUAUUUUAACUCUCAUAGUUACAACAUUUUAUGAGCUGUCCACAGCAUGAGAAGAAAAGCAGUGGGAAUUCAGAGGCCCUCAUUCAUUGUAAAAGCACUUAAUUUUUUACAGUUAGCACUUCAGAGCAGCUCUUAAUAACUUCCAGUAUAUUUUGUACACCACUUAGGUUUAAAAUUGAGCUCACUCAGAAAUCAGUGUGAAUCUGAUACAGAGGAAGAAUUUGUCACUGUAAAACAGAAUUUUUAAAUGAAGUUGAAAUUACUCAAUUUGAAAUUUUAAGAAUGCUCUGAAACAAUUUUUUAAUUAAUAAGGUCACACCAUUGAUGGAACCAUAAUUGAAUACAAAAUGUGAAAACAGUUUAGCUGGUGUAUAUUUUUGGACAUUAGAAACAUUUAAAUGAUCAGGAAGGUGUAUCAGAAGCAAGAUCGAGGGUAAGGUAUAGAAAAUCAUUACAUUCUUUACAUCCAGAUAAGAUCGAGUGUCACAAAGAGAAGGAGAGAGAAGGUUUGAAAUGCUAUCCCAAAAGACUUCUUUGAAAUCUUCUAUUCACAUAUUUCUGCAAAGAAAAUAUUACCUGCAUUUGUUUCAGGAUGAGGAAAAUUUUCUUUUUUUUUUCCACUAUUAUAGUUUAAACUCUGUUUAGUUUAUUCAUCUGUAAAUACUCUGCUACAUACACUACAUGUAGAUGAUUAAACAAAGGGCAGGCCCUUGUGUUCAAAGCUUUAUGGUGGAGAGAUGCCAGGGACCUCAUAACGGACAGAAUGUGAAUUGCCUGGUGCAGAGUCCACAUGGCAAAGGAGCAGGCAGCAUCCAUUCCCACCCGUGCUGUAGUUAAAGUGGUCUCUACCAUAUGUAUAAUAGUAUAGUUAAAAUUCUAUUUUUAAAAAAAAACCACACAAAUUAGUCAAGUUAACAGCUACUUGUAAAGCGUAUUACUAAUUUUUAUAUUAUUUUUGUAAAUAACCAAUAGAAAAGUAUUCUUGACAUGGUGUUUUUCUAUCAUUUAGAGGCAAAACUGCUUUUUGAGACUGGUAAGAACCUCUUAACUUUGUGCAUUCUUGCCGAAGUUUUUAAUCUCCUUAGCAGGGUACCUUAGGUUAACUUGGGAUGAGAUGUGUGUGAAAGUAUGUACGAGAGAAAAUGGAAGAAAGAGGAAAUGAGGUGGGGUGGGAGGAAACCCAUGGGGCCAGAUUCCCAUUCUCAGCCUGACGUUCGUCAUUGCCCCGUCACAUCAAUGAAAAAGGUCCUGAUUCUGUUCCAGAAAAACACAGUGCAAUGUUCUCAGAGUGACUUUAGAAAUAAAUUGAGCCCAAGAGCUUUAACUCUGUCUUAAAAUAUAACAGAACUUCUACGUUUUUUUUUUUUCUUUUUGUAAGCCAAGUCACAUGUUGGAAACAAGCUAGCAAUGUUGUUUUCUGCCAGCAUCUAAUGUCAUGAUACAGUAAACCAAAACCCAACAAUGUGGCCAGAAAGAAAGCACAAUAAUUAACUCACAUGCCUUGGGGAUUCUAUUUAUAAUACAAAUCAUCCACAAACUUGUUUAUUAAUUUCUUACUGAUCACUUUUUCAGAUGCCUGUCACCAUAGAAGACAUCUCAGACUUUCAAUUUUAAAUUAACUUUGGGUCACUAAUAUUUUCAUGGUUUGUUAAUGUAUUUUUUAUUUCUAUUUAAAUUUUAGGUCAAUUUUAUUACCGUGUACUGAGUUUUUACAUCCUAAUACUCAUUCCUUCUCCGUAUCAGUAUCAUGAUCUGUAAUCAUCUUGCCAAAUUUUGGAACUGUACACAAAGAGUAUACAUGCACUAUUUAUAAUGCAAUUUCAUUCUUUAUCUUUUUUUAAAAAAAAAGAUUUGAUUCAAAAUUUUAACAUACUGAGAAAGGUUGAUAAGAAACAAUCAUAAUUAUUUUAUAUGACUAAAACAGAGAUAGGAAAAGGUGCUACUGUUAAGGCAGAUUUCCUGUUAUUAAGAACUAUUUAAUAAAGCAACAGAGAAAAACAGUGUUCACAUGGAUAUUACAGCUUAAAAGAUUUAUAAGUGAUUUUAACCUAUUUUUAUCCUUUAUUAACCACAGCUAAUAUGAGUGUAUGUUCAAACAUCUUUAAGUAUUGGCAGCUUACAUACGAGCCAAAGGAAUACAGUUUAUAGCAAAACAUAAGUAUGCUGUAGCUAACUUUAUAAAAUUGUAAUAUAACUGUGUAAAAUAAUUAUAUAUUUUGUUUUUCUGUGGUCACUUAAAGUGGCUAUAGUUGUUGAUUCCUUAUAAACAGAACCAAUAAAAAUUUAAAUUGCUUUAAUAAAAAGAUGAGCUUCGUUUUCA